AUGGCCCUCUCUCAAAUCAAGCUUUACUGGAGAAACCAGGUCCCUAACCCCUCUAAGGUUCUUAUCGUGCUCGAGGAACUCAAUCUUCCCUAUGAGAGCGUAUGGGUUGAGCUCGAUGGGCUUAAGCAGAAACCAUUCACAGACGUGAACCCCAAUGGACCCGAGUUCCAGGCAUCCAUGAUUGACCCCAACACGGGGCUAACUCUCUGGGAGUCCGGAGCCAUUGUGCAGUAUCUCAUUGACACCUAUGAUAAGGAGCAUAAAAUCUCUUACGAUUCUUCCCCUGAGAAGUAUCAACUAGUCCAGUGGUCCUACUUCCAAGCCUCGGGCCAGGGCCCUUAUUUUGGACAGUCUGCCUGGUUCAACCUGUUCCAUGAAAAGGUCUAUGGCGAAUCUCCUGAGUCGGCUAAAGUACGCUACGGAACGGAACUCAAGCGCGUCGCGAGUGUCCUGAACGCAGUUUUGAGCAAGAAGGAGUGGCUGGUCGGAGACAAGUGCACCUACGCAGACUUGGCCUUUGUGAUGUGGAACAUGCAGAUUCCAUUCUUCAUGGCGAGUCGUACCGGUGAGCAUGCCUGGAAGCCGGAGGAAGUUCCACAUUUCAUUCGGUGGCAGAAUGCCAUGAUGGCGCGGCCGUCUGUCCAAAAGGUUAUGGGUAUGCUGAAUGAGACUGAGGUGAAGAGUUUGUAG